AUGGAGGCGCUCUCGCGAGGCUUUUGUGCGGCGGCGCUGGUGCAGUCGCUGGCACCGAAAGAGGUGGAGGGGUGGCACCGGCAGUGGCCGCAGCCCACCCUUCAAGUGGUGGACAUACAGCGCUACCCGCGCGUCCCAACGGUGUCCUGUGGGCCCUCGCGCUUUUACAUGGCCGUAUCGGACUCGGAGUCGCUUGCGUGGCUUGUGGUUCCACCGUGCACCGCCUUGGAGGACUCUGUCGCCGCGUUCGAGAUAGAGGUGGGCUGCUGUGUUACGUUGCUAUCCCACGCAUUGGUGACAGCAGCGAACGGUUUGAACGUGGUUGUCCCACUUCAGGUGAAGUACUCGAACAACACGCUUCGCCUCCUUGGACAGCCUAGCUGCGCCGAGGCGCUCUUUCCACUUUCGGCGCAGUCGCUCCUGCAGCGCCACGACGCAGACGACGGUACCCCCUGCGCGGCUGCGGCGUUGCAGCGACCAUUGCACGCGAUUGCGCUACGCGAUUUCACGGACGCCCCUCAGCGAGCGCUGGGCAACUGGUGCGUCACCGCGCGGGUAGUGUGGAAGGGUCGCGAGUACCCUUUAAAUUCGCAUGCCAGCUGCCUUGGCGGCAGCAGCGACCCUCGGCGCAGCGUCUCUGCAGGCAGUCCCCGCUUUGUCUUUCGGUGUCUCCUUGCAGACGAGCACGGCGAUGCCGUCGUGGCAGCAUUCUAUGGCGGCGAGGCUCUGGUGGAGCGCGUGCGGUUGCACGGCUGCUACCGACUCGCGCAAGGGAUGGUGAAAUGGGGCACAGGCGAGAGCGGCGCCCCGAGCGAGCUGCAGUUUGUGGAAAAAUCGAUCGAGGAGGAGCUGGCAUCGGGCGCAACUCAGCAAAUGUUUCCCUUUCACGCGUCCGCGCUUGUUGGCGAGGUGGCUCAGCAGCUGCGCGAUGUGGUCGCGGUGAUCGAGACCGCUCAGGUGGGUGGGUACGUCUCGGUGGUGGGCACAGUGGUCGCCGUGCAGGGCAACACGCAGGUUACCACGAAACGCGGUCGUGUGUGGCGGUCCGUGGUCACCCUGGCCAACGGCGCCGACGACAGCGCCGCAACGGGCCGCUGCAGCGGCCCGUUCGCGGAGGUGACACUGUGGGGUGAGGUUGCAGAGACGGUGGAGCCGGUACUGGGCGAGCGCUGGGUUUUUCAUCCCUGUGCAGUCCACCUCUUUCAGCAGCGCAAGACGCUGUCGAGUCUGGCGUCGACGAUGGCGGUGAAGCUUGUGCCACACCCGUGCAGCGCCAAGCACGCACCGCGCGCGACAGCGUCACCAGGAUGGGAAUCCGGCGGAGGAGUCGCAGACGCCGUACCGAACGCCGCCAGUGCCGGCAAGCCUGUAGGCAGUCCGCAAGUCGUCAAAAAGGAUAUGCAACUGGUGCUCGACCUUCAGGAAGCCUCCCCUACACUGCCGGUGCUGGCGCGUGUGCAAGGGGUUUUGCGUCCGUUUCUCGACUGGAUGUGCACUGAGUGCAGCCGAACUCAGCAGAGCGUCGUCACGGCGGGCAGUAUCGCAACUGGAAAGCCGACUGCCUGUGCGCACUGCAGUACGGCGCAGCUCUGCCCUACCCUACGCUUGCGCGUGUGGCUCAGCGACGGCUUCUGCACCGGCCUGGCGGCCUUUCAUGGCUGUGCUGCCGAGUCUCUCCUGGAAGCGUCGCCUGCAGAGGUGGCGCGGUAUGUCGAGCGACAAUCAACCUUCGUAGAUGAGAUGUUUGAUCGUCUUGUGGGUUUGCCAGUCUUGGUGUGGCUGCUGCCGUGCGGUGGUGCCGAUGCACUCGAUGCCGCACAGUUUAUCGUCGCCAACUGCAAACGCAUUCAUUAUGUGUCCGGCGCCCAUACGCUGCUGUCUGCCAUCGACACCUUUGCCAGCCUCGACGAAGGUGUGAGCUGCGGGCGCGCUGAUGUCUCGGCUCAGACGCUGCCUGCGACAGGGGACACGGCGUAA